AGAUGGCUUCCAACUCGUUUUCCAACUCUUCCACCUCGACCCAGCUCUGGGCCGUCAACAGUGAAGGUUCUGUCUACGUCCUGCAGGACGUGGGGGCCUGGCUGAGCUCCGUGCGCUCCAACGAAGUCCUUCAUGGCGCGGGGACCACCCCGCACGCUGACAACUGGACGACGAGGGACACGGUCGACGGCCGUUUCGACCGCGUCGUGUGCGGAGCCGGUGGCCUCGUGUGCGCCAAGAGAGACAAGAUACUCUACAUCAGGCGGGGCGUCACGUACGACAAUCCUCUCGGCACGGCCUGGACCAAAGCUCUGUGCGACGCACGUGACCUCUCAGUGGGUCGAGAUUGCAUUGUUCGACGAACCAGCAAAGACCAGCUGUUUAUGGCGGAUUCCCUGGACCUCUCGUCCAGCGGCUCCGUCUUUCUCCCGCACUGGGACAGCGUCCCUUCCUGCGAGGCUGUUGAGACUCACCAAAUGUUCACUCUUGACUCCCGGGACAAUCUCUUUCUCUUGUCUCCCUCAAGCGGCGAAGUCCACAUCUGUCCCAACCUCACAUCUAGUCCCUCUCAGGAUCUAAAAUGGAGAAAAUUGACAGACGGGCCACCUGCUGCUAAAAAUCAAUCACUUUCACUCUUAAAUAUCUUGGGUUGGAGGAAGAGUGGGUCUAAGACUAACACAUUCACUUCCGUGACUUCUGGAGAUAGUUGUCUGUGGUGUCUGGGUAGCGAUGGUAGAGAUGUGUUCCAACUGGUAUUAAACUAUGGUAGAAACUCUGGCAGGAAAAGAAAGAGCAGGGAGGGGGAAGGCAGUUCUACUCAACUCCUAGAUAUCGAAGGGUCUUGGAAGCGAUUCGAGCUACCUGAAAAAGACGAAGCAACUGUAAUCUCGGCGGAUUGGACGGAAUUGGACGUUUUUUACGGUUUGGUCAAAGAGAAUAGAAGUAUCGUGUCGUAUGCAGUUCUCCAGGAGAGUCGAGCAGAGUCGAGAUACCCAAUCCAGCCGGAGCCACACAGCGAUGGAAAUCAAUCUCGAUAUGUGUCGUGUCCGAACCCGAUGCUAAGAACCUCAGCAGAACUGGAGAAAAUGCACUGCUCGAGUCACUACAUCCACAGAAAUCCUACGCCUCGAUUUACCCCAAACUCCCCUGCGCGGGAAGAUUUCGACGUGUGUUGUGAGGAUGGAGACUGCGAGUUCUGUAGAAGUCAAUCAACUAUUACUAGUGGUAGCUGGCUGUCAGGGAUUGACGAAGAGGAGGAGGAGGGGGUGUUGACUGAAAGCAGUGAGGAGGGUGAAGGAGGAGGUGUGACGGUGAGUGGGAGGAGUUCGGGGGAAGAGGGACCACCGGCUAGCAAGAAGAGAAAGUCUCACAGAUCGGGGACGGCCGGAGAGGGCAGAGGAAAGAAGCAGAAGAGGGAAAAUGGCGAUCUGUGUGGAGAAGAAGGCAGUCUAGCGUGGAAGAGACCUCGAGUACCAGUGAUAGACCAACUAGCAAAUGUGCCGUUCAUGUUAUCAUCUCCUCCUCAAAGUCACUUCUUAGCACAACACCAGGUACCGCUUUACCGCUAUAUAGACCUGACUUAUUCUCUCAAGCCAGACUAGUAUUUCCUUGCCUUUGCCCUGCCCACUUUACAAGGCACGUGCAUAAUCACUAUGGAAGAAUAUGGUGUGGUUUUGCACUAGACUGAACUUGACUCUGUUAUUCGCUUCGGGCCAGGACCACUAUACAAUCAGGACGUUUUUUCUUUUCAGGUUGAUACUGAAAUGCCAAUGCCACUUGACCUUGAAGACAUUGAUAAGCUGUUCUCGUAUUCGUUUUCUCUGGAGAAGAAGGUGAGAGAGAAUCAGGUACCAAAGGAGAUUGAUCACUUCACCUCUGGCUAUUGGACCGUCAACUACCCUAGAAAACCUAUUGAAGAAUAGCACCACAGUAUUUUAAAAACUAUGUUUUUGUUUACUGCAACAAACUCUGACGUGAUUAUUAUUAUACCACACCUGCGCGCAGAAAUGCUUCUACGU